CUCUCAUCGCUUUCAAAACCCUGACUAAGACUGAGCAGCUUUGCUCAAAACAAACAGCAGACGUCUUCAUUAUAAGCAACUCAUCUGACCUGACAAUGAAGUUGGAGGUUUUCUCUGCGAGUCGCCUUGUGGACAAGCCGCUGGACCUGUGCAGUGACAUGGAUGUGAACGUGGCUUCACCGCUGUCCACGGAGGAGGAAUUGGGCUCGGAUGGAGACUGCUCAGCCAACAGUCCAGGACCCGGUGCCCCUGUUCCGGACGGGAAGGCGAAACCAUAUACGCGUAGACCCAAACCACCUUACUCUUACAUUGCACUUAUUGCAAUGGCCAUACGCGAUUCCAACACCGGUCGUCUUACACUUGCUGAAAUAAACGAAUACUUAAUGAAAAAAUUCCCGUUUUUUCGGGGCAGCUACACGGGGUGGCGAAACUCUGUACGGCAUAACUUGUCAUUAAACGACUGCUUUUUAAAAGUUUUGCGAGAUCCCUCGCGUCCGUGGGGCAAAGACAAUUAUUGGAUGUUGAACCCACACAGCGAGUACACUUUUGCAGACGGCGUUUUCCGCCGGAGGAGGAAGCGCAUCAGUAAGAAGAUCCUGGGCAGCGCGGAAUCCCCAGAGCGCGUGCCCGCGGAUGACAGCAGGCUUCCAGCGCGCGACGAAAGCGUCUCUAAGUUUUCCAGCUCCUUCGCCAUAGACAGCAUCCUCAGCAAACCGUUCAUGCGGAGGGAGCAGAGCACAGAUGACACUUGUUUUGGUACCACCAGACUAAUGCUGUCAGCUGCUCCUCACUUUCUGCCAGUUGCCAUGGGCUAUCCGCCACAGAGCAGAUUCCAGGUCAGUUCUGAGGUGUCGAAUGUCUUUCCAAUCUACAGGUGUAAUACCGCGGACAUUUCUAACAUCAGUCGAAUGGCGGACAUACAGAGUUCCCUUCCGGGUUUGGCACACUCCCACACUACUCUACAAGAGGCUGGAUUUCACCCCUUCAGAAUAGACUCUUUGCUGUCAUGAAAUGAAAGUGUAAACAAGAAACAUUCACACACAUAAACGCUACUUCUUUGGUGUUUGACACACCCUUUAUGUGCACUUUGCUCUGUUAAAUAGUGUGAAACAGUUUGUAUGUUUGUGGUUUUGUGAUUUAAGCGCAUGCACAAAGAACACAUGCUUACUGCAGUGCUGCAUGCCCUGUUUAGAUGUCUUAAAUAAUCUAUGACGCGCCACUGCACAGUGUUUACUAAUUCCACUUUCAUUUCUUGUAAACGAUGGCACAACCAUGUCAAUAAUUAUGAACAGAAUGUGUAUUUAAAACGUAGUCUGCUUCUUUGUAAAACUGUGUUGGGUUGUACCUGUACCGUGUUUUAUGUUUGUGUAAAUGUUAUGGUUUGUUUAGAGCUGUGCUCAAGCAGGUGGAACACAUAAGCAGUACUUUUGUCAAUAAAAGAAAAUAUGACAGAGAA